AUGCACUAUUAUAGGUUAAAGGAGUUUAAUGUUGUCUUUGAAGACAUACAGUCAAAGAGGGUUGCCUUUCAUGAUGCAUUAGUUAAAACUGGAUCUAAGAGAGAUUGGUCUCAUAUUCUAAGACAGAAAGGAUGGUUUUGUUUCACUGGCCUCUCUGAAGAACAGGUUGCAAUGCUAGAAAAAGAUUAUGCCAUCUACAUGAGUAAGACAGGUCGUGUCCCAGUAGUAGCUUUGAGAACUAGUGAAAUUGGCUAUUUGGCUAAUGCAAUACAUUCAGUUAUGAAAUAAUUAUUAUAAAAAAAAUUUUAAAGUUUGUUUUAGAUAUAAUUAUCUUUUCUUAUUAUUCAAUGACCAAGUUUUAAGAGUAUUCAAAAAUAA